AUGGACACACCGGGCUGCCCGGCCUUCCCCCCGCCUCGCCGGCCCGGGGGUCCCCCGGGGCUCCCCCAGCCUCCCACCGCCUUCGCCCUCGGUGCUCCGGGGCCCCACCGGCGGCCGCCGCCGCUCAGCCCCCGGCCCGGCCGCUGCCCGCGGUACCCGGGGGUGCCCAGCCCGGGCCCCCCCGCCGUGGCCGUGCAUGGGAAGCCCCCGUACCCGCCCGGGGCUGCAGGUGAGAAGGGUUGCAAAGGAGGGUUCCAGGCCAUUCCCACUGGCUGCAGGGUCCCCCCAAAAGCCCCGGCGGAUUUGGGGUGCCCGCUGGCAGCACCCCUGGGCAGCCUCCGGGAUUAUGGGAUCCCUGAGCUCCCCGAGCCCCUGGGCAAGAGCAAGAGCAAGAAGAGGAGGAACAGGACGACCUUCAGCACGUUCCAGCUGGAGGAGCUGGAGAAGGUUUUCCAGAAGACGCAUUAUCCUGACGUGUACGCCCGGGAGCAGCUGGCACUGCGCACGGACCUGACCGAGGCCAGGGUGCAGGUUUGGUUCCAGAACCGCCGGGCCAAGUGGCGGAAACGGGAACGCUACGGGAAAAUCCAGGAGCUGCAGAACAACCUGUGGCCGAGCCCUGGGAGCCCCCCGGGGCUGCUGCCCCCCGAGCCCAUCCCGUCCCCCUGCAUGUCCUCGUACCCCCCCGCUGCCAGCAAUGGCUUCGUGGGCAUCCCUGCAUCCCCGGGCCCCCACCCCGGCAUCAACAGCCUGUACCCCCUGCACGGGCUGCCCCCCGGGGCUGGCCCCCCGCCCCUUCGAGCCCGCCCAGCACGAGUACAAAGCGCCCCCGCUGGUGCCGCUGAGGAUGAGGAGCAAAGAGGGCGCCGGGAGCCUCCUGAACUGGGCCACCUGAUCCCCAAGGGGAUGGACACGGAUCCCUGCUCCCCCCGGAGGGUAUCCCCCACCCCAGCGAGGGGGGCAGGCUGCUGGGGUCACCUUCACCCCCUCUCUGCAGCCCCCGAGCUUCCCCUGCAUCCAGCGCUGCCCCCACCCCGUGAGAGGGGCCAGGGGGAGGAAAAAGAGGGGUCCCCAAAGCCAGGCUGCCCCACUGGCAGCUCGGAAACGGCUCCCCCAAUUUCCUGAGCCCUCCCAGCACUUUCAGGACUGGCUUUGAUGGAGAUUCCCGGUGCUUUCCCCACCCCCCAUGCGUGCCGGGCACUGCCAGCCCUGGGUGGGGCUGUGGAGCCCCAGGGCAGCACUUUUGGGGGCAAUUCUCCCCUCUCCAGCUGAAAUUUGGCUGCUCAGCCCCUGCCCAGCACAACCAGCAAGGGCAGAAAUCGGGCUCCUCCUCUCCCAGUCCCAUACUGGGAAGACUGGGCUGGGACAGUACUGGGGGUUACUGGGGGCAGGGCCAAGGAGCCCCAAAGCCCCCCCAGAGCAUCACAGCUCCUUCUGCUCCCUCUUGGAGGGGAAAUAAAGCCCUGGCACAAUAAAACCCCAAAUUA